AUUGAAGAACACAGAUUAGUCCUUGAGUGCUUGUUCUGGUGUGACGUUCAUCUCUGCUCAGACCACCUUUCAUUCAGAAAAGUCUCAGGAAAAGGAGCGCCGAUGGAGAGUGUGGCGAUUUUUGACUCACCUGGGAAAGGGAGGGGUUUGAAGGCCAACAAGGAGUUUUGGGCUGGAGAUGUCAUUUUCUCUGAGGCCAGCAUCGCAGCCGUUGUGUUCGACAGUCUCGCAGAGCGAAUUUGCCACAGCUGUUUCCGCAGACCAGAGAAGGCCCAGCGGUGCGGCCAGUGCAAAUUUGCUCACUACUGUGACCGAACCUGCCAACGUGCCGCCUGGGCCGAACACAAAGUGGAAUGCGGUGCCAUCAAAGCUUACGGAAAAGUACCGAAUGAGAAUAUCCGACUGGUGGCCCGCAUCUUGUGGCGCCUUGAUAAGGAGGGGAGCGUGGUGUCCGACAUGCAGCUGACCACGCUGGACGAGCUGGAGGACCACAUCAACGACAUGCAAGAGGACGACCUGAAGGAGUUAAAAGUGGACGUCCACAACUUCCUGGACUACUGGCCUCGAACCAGCAAGCAGCACCUGAUCGACAACAUCUCACACAUAUUUGGAGUGAUCAACUGUAACGGCUUCUCUGUGAGCGACCAGAGGGGUCUGCAGGCGGUGGGAGUUGGUCUUUUCCCAAACUUGUGCCUGGUUAACCACAACUGCUGGCCAAACUGCACCGUCAUCCUCAACCAUGGCAAUCAAUCGGCUGUGAGUACUGUGUUUCACUCUCAACAGAGGAUCGAGCUGCGUUCUUUGGGUAAGAUUGAGGAAGGAGAGGAGCUCACCGUCUCCUAUGUGGACUACUUGAAUUUGUCCGAGGAGAGACAGAGGCUUCUGAAAACACAGUACUACUUUGACUGCACGUGUGAACACUGCAAGAACAAAACCCACGAUGACGUGAAGAUGGGGGGGAAAGAGGUGGAGGGAGUCAAGCCUUCAGAUGAACAGGUGAAGGAGGCAACAGAUUACUGUUUUCAGAUGAUGGAUAAGAUGGACAAGGCUCGAUUAAACGGUGACUACCACGAGGUGGUGAAAAUCUGCAGGGAUUGCAUCGAGAAGACCGAGCCCAUUCUGGCCGACACUCACAUCUACCUGCUGAGGAUGUGGAGCACAAUGAGCGAGGUCCAGUCCUACCUGCAGAACUUUGAAGAAGCUGCAGAUUACGCCCGUAAAAUGGUGGAUGGAUACACGAAAUUGUACCAACCAAACAACGCAGCUCUGGGUAUGGCAGCCAUGCGAGCAGGAGUGACGCACUGGCAGGCUGGACUGAUAGAAGUCGGACACGCGAUGAUCUGCAAGGCCUACGCCAUCCUCAUGAUCACCCAUGGUCCAACACAUCCCAUCACCAAGGACCUCGAGGCCAUGCGCGUCCAGACAGAGAUGGAGCUGAGGAUGUUCAAGCAGAACGAGUACGUUUACUACAGCAUGAGGGAAGCGGCUCUGAAAAACAAACCCAUGACCAUGCUGCACGAACCCAAGUCCGUGGAGGAGGGGAUCAAGAACCUGUUCCACCGGAAGAAGUAGCCUCGAACGUGGGACUGUAAACAGACUUCACCGUGUUCUUUACAUUUUAGUCACAUGACCAAUUUGUGUUGCAACAUUUUAUAGUUUCAAUAAAAAAAAUGUCUUCUCAGA